UUAUCAUUCAUCUCCCACAUGGGACUUAAGACCCCACUCCACCAUUUAUUUUUGCCUUCCCCUAGCCUUAGUUUGGUGUAUAUAUAUAUAUAUAGUUUUAUUCCUGACCUUUCCUCAGCUCAUCAUGAUCUUUCACAACUUUGUCUAGCUAGCUAGCAAGCUCUCUCCAUAUAUAGAUAUAUUCCUUUAAAUUUAUAAUCAUUAAAUUUGUUUCUUCAGCUACUAUAUAUUUGUGACAAUUUCCAGUUCAAGUUAGUCAACAUGGGGGAUUCAUCUGCUUCUUACAUACAUAUGGUGCAGCACCUGAUAGAGAAGUGCUUGAUAUUUCAGAUGACCAAAGAAGAGUGCAUGGAAGCUCUCUCUAAGCAUGCAAAAAUAGAGCCCAUCAUAACCGCAACUGUGUGGAAAGAGCUAGAGAAAGAGAAUGCGGAUUUCUUUACGGCAUAUAAUCAAUCACAAACCAAACAAGACCGAAUGUCGCAAGCCCAAACGAGUGAAAUGAUUCAGAGAAUGAUUGCUAAUCAUGAUUCCGACUUCAAGGAUCCCUCCAAGGGUUCGGGCAGUUAAUUAAUCACCACAUCUUAAUAAUAAUCAUCCAUUUUAAUCUCCUAUAAUGGAUUUUCUUAUGGAUUUGAAUCAUGUGCAGGUUUGUUCUUUUGGUUUUAAUUUCCUGAUAAUUUGUUGUAUAGUUUCACUAGAAGAAUAAAACUGGAGAAAUUCUUGUGGAAAAAAUUGGAAUUUCGAAAGUUUGUAGUAGUUCUUAACCAUCUUUGUGCGAUAUUUGUAGAAUUGUAGGAUUUUAUUAGUGUUUUGGCAAUUCAAUAAUGUAAUAUAUGUCCUUAAGCAUUGUAUUAUAUUCAGUCUUCACUUCCAAACAAAUUGAAGGAGAAUACUUUUAUGAGGAGACUCUCCUUUUAUGAGUACUAUGGACCCUUCAUAAAGUU